AUGGAAAACAACCAGCAUAUCUGCAUGGAUCUAGACUCUUUGAAAUUUAACGUACUAAUAGACGCAAGAGCCCCUGAAAUGGCUGACUCGGCAAAUCCGAUCGUAAGCGCACUCUCUUCCCGCAUAAAGAACUCCCUCAGAAACAUCCCCAGGAAAAGGCGCGCUGAAGCUGAAGCAUUAGUAGAUAGUUUCCUGCAGGAAAAAUUAAAGCCGAUCUUCAGCAGAAUAGUUAGUACACACUGUGUAGUAAGUCCAAAAGCAGUGGAAAUCCUCACGAAAGAAGCCACCGCAGAACUCUCUUCCGAACUCUCACAGGAACUCUACAUCUUAGCCAUGAAAAUAGACGCUUUUAGCGCCAACCAGACAAACACCUACCAAAAAUGCGACCGUAGGCUUCUUUUUGUAAAAAGAGAGGCAUUUAAGAGCGCCCUGCGCAUCUACGAAGCGAUGGAUUUCCACUGCAGAGAAGUGCUUAAGAAAAAAACAAUGAAAAAAUUCAAAAACUACGGGCUCGAACGUGCGGUCUACAGGGAUACAUUAAAAAUAGAGAAAAUGGAUACUGUUCUGAGACAGCUCUCGGACGAAAAAAAAGAAAGCAGUCUCGUGCUGAAGGAGAUUGCAGAGCGGAAAGAGGAAAUGCGCAUUCGGGAGAAUAUUUCUGAUUUAGAAGGGGCUAUCUUAGAGCGAGUCCUUGAGAAACUUCGGGCGUUCUUUUCUAAUGAUAAAUAUAGUCCUAACGUGUAUUUUUACCUGAAAGAAAUAACGGAAAAUAACGGAAAGAGCAUAGAUAUAGAGAAGAUAGACUUUUUGCGAAAGUAUACCCCGAAUAACCCGAAGCGUAUUUUUUCUGUUGGGGAAGUCGCAGAGAGAAUAAAAACAGCAGAAAAUGAGUGCUUGAAGGAGGGAAGGCGAAUAUACGACGAGGUGAAGAAGAUGCAAGAAGAGACCAGGCAGCUGAUAGACGAUAUGUGUGAGAUUUUUGCAUCUAGAGCAUGCCUGAACUCACUCCUUACGAUUGUGAAGAUGUUUAAGCGCGCUGAAAAAGAGGCGGAAAACCUGCAGGGACCUGAAAAAGUGAAAAUGGAAGAGUUCAGGGACGAAUUGGCGGAAAGUAUUGCUAAAGUAGACGAAAUUCGGGGUUGUUCCUUGGCUUCUAUGCGUGAACUUAGUAAAUACUUGGAUUUGGUCUCUUUACUGGGAAAACUGUCUGAUAAGUCUGUGUGUGUAGAAUUUGCGUGUUUUAACGCCUCUUUUAAAAAAAUACUUUCGGCAUUUCCAAAUGGGGAAAUAAGUUCAGGUUACAAAAAAGCUUUGCAGGACCUGAUAAACCACCCAGAGGACGCGGUGAAAAAAGAACAGAUGCUGCACGAGCAUGCUGCGUCUGCAGAAAACUGUCUUGAAAGGCUGAGAGAAGCGGAAAAAGGGGAGACAGCAGAAAAAUGUAAGCUCAGGGUUUUGGAGUAUGAAGAUUUUGCAGAAAAAAUGGUGUUACCUGAUUUUUCAGGUCCCAUUGAGAGCAUCCACCCUGUGGACUUGAAGCCCACAGUUACUCCGCGUGAAGUCAAAGCCUUGGCUGCAACCCUGGAGAUGUACUCGAAGAAGCUUGCCAAGCCGCGAAAAGACGACUUCGAGUCAGACUCUGACAGUUCAGUUCUGGAUGAAACUCUACCGGAAAUUGAAGCAAUGUUACCGGUUCUUAAAGAAAGAGCUGCUAGAGUUGCGAAGUUAAGCAAAAACAAAUGCAGAGGGGGCGAAUGUCUCCGCUACGCUUAUCUGAAGAAGUACAAAAGCGAGACUCUUAAGAAGGCAGACAUGCUCAGGGAGAAAUUUGAGGCUGAACUGGUCCCACUGGCCUGGGAAGUUGUGAGGAAAUUUGAGGAAACCCCGAAUAACCCAGAGCUCAAUGAAAAAGUGAACAAGAUGCUUGAAGAAACAGCCCAGAAGGAGCCGCAUCGCCUGCUAACUCCAAGAUUUAUCGUUGAAAACAAACACUUUGCGGAGGAAUUGCCACGUGUGAUCGUUCAGCUCGAUAAGAAGAUAGCUGAAACUUUGGGGGGAAGUUCGGGUGAGAGAACUCGUAGAAAACUCCAUUAUUCUCUUACGCUUCAAAAUUCGAUCUUUGCGCUUUUCUUCGUCUUUAUGCUCCUGUCUCUGGGGCUGGUGUGCAGUUCAGAAUUUGCAUAG